AUGGCGUCUCUCUCCAUGGCUUCCGUUAACCUCAGGUUCUCUCCUUUACGCUCUUCUCCAAAGGUCUCCUCCACUCAUGCUUCCGUUCAAUUCGCUCGGUUCAAUUCCUCGAGUCUCGCCUCAACUCACUGCAUUUCUGGGCUUCGAGCUGUUUUCCCUCAGAAAAUUUCAACUGUCGUCUCUCAGAAUACUCAAAAGCUUCAGACUUUUACCGUUUUCGCUCAUAAGGGAUACAAGAUGAAGACCCACAAGGCCUCAGCGAAGCGGUUCAGGGUGACGGGUAGGGGGAAGAUAGUGAGGAGGAGAUCCGGGAAGCAGCACUUGUUAGCUAAGAAGAACAACAAAAGGAAGCUCCGUCUUUCCAAAAUGCAUGAAGUGAGCCGGAGUGACUAUGACAAUGUGAUCGGCGCUCUUCCCUACCUGAAAGUCAACCGAAAGGCGACUUAAGCAGAGCCGCCUUGAUCCUUUUCUUACCUGUAUUUCUCAUUUUGUAAUCUAAAUUGUGAUAAUACCCUUUUGUUUUGUGAAUUUUUGGGUCAAUGAGUUGAUUCUUCUUCUACCUACUUGUGUUUUGUCUCGCAUGUCCACAAAUGUGCAAGACUUGUCAUGACAAACUGUAUACAUCAGUAAGGAGUUUGGCCGUGGUCAUGGUCAUGGACCAAUAUCACUCAGAACAUUUUCAACUCUAAAGUCAGUCCAUCCAUUAUUAGAUUUCUUCUGCCAAAACAAUGGAUGACGAGCUAAUGCUUUCACAAUGAGAGUUUACUAUAAGAAAACACUUGUGUAUCAUAUUUUCAAUUGAGUUUUAUAAUAUUCUGC